AAGGGGAAGAGGGAGACGAGUUUCUUCCCAGUGUACGCCAUUACAGUUUAAUGACGCUUGAUUUCUCGGUAUACUUAUCGAGUUAAAUUAUAAUAAUAUAUUUUAUAAAGUAUUAAUUUGAAUUUGAUUGUUUUUGCAAAAUGAGCGACAUGGAGAGGAGUGGAAGUCGGAGCGCAAGUCCGCGAAGAGCACGCACAGCCGAGGGCAUAAGAGAUUCACGUUCACGUUCACGAUCAAGGAAAUCCCGCGAGAGGAAGGAAGCUCACAGACCAAUCAAGGAGUAUUCGAGAUCCCGUAGCCGAACACCAUCGCGAGGACGAAAGAACUACAGGACCAACAAAUAUGGAGCCGGUGGAGGUGGAGGUGGUGCAGGAGGAGGUGGUGGUGGCGGCGGUGGUGGUCAUCGGAGUCGCAGCCGGAGCCGAUCACCAUACAGGAGUGCACGCUACUCACGCAGCAGGUCUCGAUCUUACUCACGCUCGCGUUAUUCACGCGACGAAGACAGAAAUAUGUAUCGUUCACACUCUCGCAGUCCUAUGUCAUCUAGAAGACGUCACGUUGGAAACCGGGAUAAUCCAUGUCCAUCCACUUGUCUGGGAGUCUUUGGCCUGUCCAUUUGCACCACUGAGGAACAGAUCUACCACAUCUUCUCCAAGUACGGUCCAGUGAAACGUGUCAUAGUCGUGAUUGAUGCAAAGACACGAAGAUCAAGAGGAUUUAGUUUCGUGUAUUUCGAAUCACCUGAAGAUGCUAAAGUUGCCAAGGAACAAUGUACGGGAAUGGAGAUCGAUGGUCGACGUAUAAGGGUUGAUUUUUCCAUCACUCAAAGGGCGCAUACACCAACACCUGGAAUCUACAUGGGAAAACCUACUCAUCUUAAUGAGCGCGAAUUUUCUGGUUCUCGACGCAGAGAAAAUAGUUACAGGGGAAGUUAUCGUCGUUCUCCGAGUCCUUAUUAUAGAAAACGCUCUCGUUACGAUAGGUCAAGGACUCCUUCUUAUUCACCACGUUUUGAAUCAAGAGGUAUUGGAUGAUAGAGGGAAGUUUGAAGUUUCACUCUGAAAAUUAUGAAAAUUUUGCAAAGAAAAAAUCGAAGACAAGAUUUCUCAAGAUGUGUUUCUCUUGCUCGAAUUUCAAGAAACGAAGGUUUUUCGCGCUUGUGACAAAGAAUAUGAUCCCAAUCCCAUUCAUUUUGCGGCUGAAAAAAAAUGUCUCAAGCCUUGAAGAACUACGAGUGCAAUAAUUAUACAAACCUCAAGAAAAAUCGUAAGAAAAUUAUUGGGCAUCGAGCCCCUGACACGGACAAAAAAAAAAAAGUCAGUGGUUUUGGGGGUGAAACAGAACCGAACAUUUAUGAAAAAUUUUCAAGAUACGUCGGAAACGAAUUUUUUUUAAAUUCAAUUUUUUCUCAAUAAAAAAAAACACAGGGGUGAGUUUUUAAUGGUGCUCGCAAAUUUUAUAAUGAUCAUAUUCUUUCUCCGAUAUAAUUUUUAUAUAUAUAUAUGCCAAAAAUGGUGCAUUUGAAUAGCUUUCUGCAAAAUAAGAAAAUAAAAAUGUUCCAUAAAUUUCUUAUCCUCACCUCAUCCCUCCACCAUCCUACCUCCAUAUCUCGAUAUAAUGGCGUAAUUGAAACUUCUUAAUUGCAAUCGAAUUUAUCUCUGUUUUUACUAAAUCUUCAAUAAAUUCUUAUUUGGUUAUAGCAAAUAA